CGCUCUCGACUUUUCACUCUCGACGAUAUCGUUGCAUUUCACUUCUACAUCUUCAUCUCUCCAUCCCGCAGGCCGGCUAUAUUGUCUUGUGAAACGUUGCAUGCCCUGCAGCCAUGUUGACCAUUCUCGGCCUUGCCUUGCUAGGCCUUGUCACCUUCUACUUCGUACAGACGUAUCAGAGCUAUGCGCGGAACCUUGUCGAAGCGAAGAAGUCGGGCAUUCCAUAUGUCAGCGUGCCGAUAUACCCUUACAAUGUGCUCUGGCUCAUUGGAAGUCGCUCCAUGGUUCCCCUGCUGAACAAAUUACCGACAGCAUUGACGUCACCAUGGCUGCAAUAUCUUCAACCUGAAUGGAUGUACGUUCGAGGCUAUUCUCCCUUCGAGAAUCUCGACUUCGAUCUGCUGUUGCUUGUCACCCCACGAGCCAAUUUCCUUAUCGUGGCAGACGCCGAAGCGACCGCUCAAAUCGUAACCCGUCGCAAUGACUUUCCAAAGCCAGCUUGGAUGUACAAGAAUAUCAACAUUUAUGGAGACAAUGUAGUCACUACUGAAGGGUCCAUGUGGCGACAGCAUCGGAAGAUCAGCGCACCAAGUUUUGGCGAAAAGAACAAUACCUUGGUUUGGAAGGAAAGUCUUUACCAGGCGCAGGAGAUGCUAAAAGCCUGGACUGGUGGUAAAGAUGCAGCGAUUGUUCAGGAUGUGACCGAGGCGACGAUGAGACUUGCGCUACAUGUCAUCAGCCGCGCUGGCUUUGGCGUGCGCGUACAAUGGCCACACGAAGAAGAAGAGGCGAAAAAGAAAGGUGUAGAGCUGAAAGGCUUUGCGGGGAGCACGCCGGAAGGUGACCAUAAGCUUUCAUACAAAGAUGCUCUGGCAGGACUUUUAGACAACUUGAUCUGGGCGGUCAUCGUGCCUAAGUGGUUUGCAGCAAUUUCUCCCUGGAAGAGUCACCAUGAAGGUGUGCUAUGCCGCAAGGAAUGGGGCAUGUAUAUGAAUGAGCUCUACCAGGCUAAGCUGACUGAAGUACGAUCUGGGCAAGAUUCAAACACUGAUGGAAUGGAUCUCUUGGGCUCGCUCAUUCGAGGGUCCGGUAUCGCGGACGCUGGGGCAAAAAAGACUGCAUUGUUGUCUGAGGAAGAGAUUGCUGGGAACAUGUUCGUGUUCAUCCUCGCCGGUCACGAAACUACUUCAAACUCAAUCGCAUACUCAUUGACCUAUUUGGCCAUGAAUCCUGAGAGUCAACGUGCCCUGCAGGCAGACAUUGACAGAAUUCUCGGCAACAAAGACUUGAGUGACUGGAACUACGACGAUGACUUCCCAAAGCUGUUUGGCGGUAUGCCUGCUGCGGUGAUGAAUGAGACGCUGCGCCUCUUACCAGCAGUUGUCGGUAUACCGAAGAGCACCCCUCCGGGCUUUCCACAGCCACUCACCUUGGGCGGAAAACGCGUAGUUGUCCCUGGCGAUUGCUCGAUAGCGGUGAACAGCGUGGGCCUACAUCGCAACCCCAAAUACUGGCCUCCCGUAGUAGAUGCCAAGACAGGCAAGACGUCUCCAAACGAUGUGAACGAAUUCAGACCGGAGCGCUGGAUCGUCGACGCCAGCGCCACAUCCAACCACAACAACGAAGAAGAUUUUGAACAACACGAUGACGGUGGUCCGAGCGGUCCAGACACGUCGGCGCAAUUGUUCAAGCCCAUGAAAGGAGCGUACGUCCCAUUCUCGGAAGGAUUUCGGUCCUGCCUCGGCAGACGUUUCGCGCAAGUGGAGACGCUGGCCGUGCUGACGUACAUAUUCCGCGAGUAUAGCGUUGAACUGGCGGUUGAUCGAUGGGCAGAUGACGAGACGGUCCAGCGCAUGAGUGAGUCGGAACGCAAGACGGUGUGGCAAAAGGCACUGUCGAGAGCGGAAGGUUUGUUCAAAACGAACAUGCAAAGCCGUGUUACAUUACAGAUGACGGGCAAUGAAAAAGUUGGCUUGCGAUUCGUCAAGAGAGGUUCAGAGGUCUUUGCGUAGGUACAGAUCUAUCUCUAUGGAAGCUUGGAAUAAACCAGUAUGCACAUGCACACUCCACGAGGAACGACGAGGGACCAGUCCGUGGUGGCUUGCAGCAAAGGAAGCGCGAUGGAAGAUCGAUCUGCAGAAUAUUGCCGCCAGAUCUUUGGGCUUAUGGACGGGCCACAGUACUCUCUGUGUAACUGCAAAUGCUUGUUCUUAAUUGCUAAUGAAGGGCAUAUUGUGCUGUUCCUGUCAAAGUGGCAAUCGCUCUUGACAUAUUCUUG